UCUGCUCACGGGAGAGUUAUUUGCUCGCCUUACGGGUGUGAGCAGCCGCAUUUUCACAGGUCUCAGCCGGAAACUGUCCGCCUCCCCGAGCCGUUUCUCCCAGUGCCGGCGUGAGCUGAUCUCCGUCACACAGCCUACUGGCUGCUGAGCUCACUCAACAGGAAUGUGCCAGCCAAAAGGAGCCAGUGAAGGAAAUAUACGCCGACUUAGUCACGAUUAGACUGAAAUAUUCUUCCCGUGUUGCUAAAGAUUUCAGAUUCAAAUUUUCACCCAGUGUUGGUAAAGAUUUCGAAUUGUAAUUUUCACCCAGAGUUGGUAAAGAUUUCGGAUCGUAAUUUUCACCCAGUGUUGGUAAAGGAUCUAACCAUUAUCUGAGCUACAAUGAGAACAGCAGAAGACUCGUCAGGUACGGUCCUACACAGACUGAUCCAGGAACAGUUGCGUUAUGGGAACCUUACGGAUAAUCGCACAUUGCUGGCUAUCCAGCAACAGGCAAUGAGGGGAGGAUCCAGCAGUCCCCAGUCCUCUUUGGAAAGCCUCACUCAGGAGGAGUGUCAAAUUGUCCAGCAUUCUACCCGGCAGGAGCCACAGGGUCAAGAACACCAGGGUGACCAUGCUCACUCAGAAAACCUGCUACAUCGCCUACACCAGCUUCAGUUCAAUGGAGAAGAACUCCCAUCUUAUGAAGAAGCCAAAGCCCAAUCUGAGCUCCUGGCUGUGCAGAGGAACCAACAGGCUAGGAGCAUAGGUUCUUACAUGGUUGCUGGAACAACCCAGAAGGCGAGCACUGAAGACAAAUCAGUGACACGUGAAGUCAGUCCAGAGCACGUGCUUCACGAUGAUGCCCUAAAGGAAUUGAAACAUGGACAUGUGCGGUCUCUCAGUGAGAGACUCUUGCAACUUUCUCUCGAGAGGAAUGGAACCAAAGGCCAGGUGACCAUGAGUUCCUCACACAGCUUUCCCCAGCUAUCUCGAUACCAGAAACAGCCAGUGCAGGCAGGAUCUCAGGUGCCUUGUCAUUCCAUUGAGCCUAGGGGUCCUCCCCCAGAAUACCCCUUCCCUGUGAAGUCUGCAGCUCCGAUGCUCAGCCGUUCCCAGCAGCACAGUUGCUUUUACGAUGAGUCUGCUACUCCAUAUUUCCACCAACAGCAGGAUGUACCUGGUGACUAUGAUUACAGCAACCAAUUGCGAACAGACAGGAUGUCUCAAGUUCAAACAGUACAUCCUGGCCAGCUGCAGAGGCACAGCUUCCUGCCCACUCCAACCUCUUCAACCAUGGAUGCCGUGCUGGUUAGUGAAGCCCCCCAUGACAACAGCCAGAUGGUGACAGUCGAUCACGUGGCGCUCAUUAACCGUGCCCAACAAAUGGUAGAGAUGCUGCUGAAGGAGAAUGAAAACCUGAGGAAGGAGCUUGAUGGCCACACUGAAAAGUCCACAAAAAUCCAAAAGUUGGAGAGAGAGAUCCAGAGAAUUUCUGAAGCCUAUGACAACCUCAUGAAGGCAUCUUCCAAACGGGAGGCACUGGAAAAGACAAUGAGGAACAAAAUGGAAAGUGAGAUCAGGAGACUUCACGAUUUCAACCGUGAUCUGAGAGAAAAACUUGACUCCGCCAAUAAACUGUUGACCAGCAAAGAAUGUGAGAUCUCAGAAGAUGGUCAGAGCAUUGUCAGCAGGCUGAUUGCCCAAAAUCGAGAACAGCAGCAAGAAAAGGAGCAGCUUCGAAGGGAAUUAAACUUGUCCCGCAGCAGGAGUGAAGAACAACACAAGCGAAUGGGGCUCCUUGACCAGGCACUCAACAGCACCCAGUCCAAAGUAGUACGGCUAGAAGAUGAGCUGCGGAAGAAGCAAGCAUAUGUGGAAAAGGUGGAAAAACUCCAGCAUGCGCUAACACAGCUGCAGGCAGCCUGUGAGAAGCGGGAACAGCUCGAACUGCGAUUGAGGAACCGACUAGAGCAGGAAUUGAAGAGCCUGCGAACACAACAGCGUCAGGCGAUUACCCACAAUGCUGGAACCACAGAAUACAGUGCUCCAGCUCUGAUGGAGCUGCUCCGGGAGAAGGAAGAACGGAUUCUAGCCCUGGAAGCUGAUAUGACCAAAUGGGAACAGAAGUAUCUAGAGGAGAGCACCAUGCGACAGUUUGCAAUGGAUGCAGCAGCUACUGCAGCUACCCAGCGAGACACCACAAUCAUCAAUCAUUCCCCUCGGCACUCCCCAAACAGCAGUUUUAAUGAUGGAUCCUUGGAGAAACCUGUUUUCUACCAGAGGGGAGAGGUCAUUGUGAGCAGUCAUCGAGAUCAAGAGAUGGAGAGCAGGAUCAAAGCCUUGCACGCACAAAUACUGGAGAAGGAUGCCAUAAUCAAGGUGCUCCAGCAGCGCUCGAGGAGGGAGCAGGUAAAAGCUGAGCAACCUGCUCUCCGCCCAGCACGCUCUGUUCCGUCCAUCAUGUUGGCCACAGGAGUGAGCCACGCCAGUUCCGUCAACCAUAUUAACAAUGAGCAGUUUCUUGACAAAACAACGAGAGGUGCAUCAGGCACCGUUAGCAAAGGUCUAACAGAAGAUCCAGCAGCCACUUUGGCCCUGCAUCCAGUGACAUCCCAUGCCAAACACGGGAGCAGGGAUGGUUGCACACAGACUGAGAAAGUGGUUGAGACUGAACGUACAGCCUCAGGCCAGGGAAACCCAGAGGACAGUGAGGCUGCGAUCAGCUUGCGAGUGACCAAACCACCAGCUAGUUCAUUAGAUACUUCACAGCCGGUGGCUCAGAUGGUCUCCAGCAAUAUUAGGAGCCAGGGAUCAUCAGACAGCGAAAUGGUUGAAAUUCUUAUCUGAACAAGACUCUGAUGGCAGGAAUCUGAGGACUUUGGUAAAACAUUAACAUCUCCUUCUUCGGAAAGCCUUUCUCUCCCCUCAGCCCAGAUGUCGAAACAAGAAGAAAGCUCUGUGCACAUUUGUCUUUGAUACGAGCUUUACACUUGUGUGAGGUGGGAGAAUGUGGAAUGUAGGGGCUGGGGAGAUAUAGCCUUAAAUGCUAUGAAGCUGCUAUGUAGACUGUUGUACACAUGGGAAGAGCUGUGCUAUCCAUUGUGCCAAGUGUGUACAUAUCUUAAGUGACAGGAGACACUCAAGAACUAACUCAAAUGAGUCAUGACUGCUGUGAAGCUGCAUUCUGUGAUGGACACAAAGGUCUCGUAAGAGGUGACAGUAUUUUUUCACACAACUGCCAAGCAAAAAGCUUCACAGCAGCGUUUUAUAUAUAUAUAUGAGUAUGAAUACAUAGUACUAGAUGGUGCUACAUAAUAUAUACUGUACAUAAGGCUGUAAAUCCAACUUGUUUAGCACCUGUUUUGUUUCAGCUUUAGACACUGUGCAAUUCUCUGCUGUUACUAAAAUAUCUUUUAAAAGCUAAAUUCAGUUCUCUAUUGGCAGCCGACGCUCUCACUCCAACAUUGUCAUUGCCCAGCUGUAUGUUUUCUCCUGUUGUCCAUGUACCAUAUUGAUUAUUGCUCAGCUGUUACACUUAAAGUGCAUAAGUUCCACCCACAUCUGAACAGUGCCCAAAAUUUCCAUUACUAACUGGGAGAUUCUAGCAUACACUGUGUACUAAACAGGAAUUGAGCAGCUCUGUCAUGUGUUACACAGUGUUUGUUACAGAGCACACACACUGUUGCUGCUGCCGCAUGUCAACACUUAGUCACAAUCACACUUCGUAAAACAUACCAAGUGGCCAAGUGUUCUGCCAUUGUGUAGGUGCAUACGCUGAGAUGGCAUCACCUGCACUGCAGUGGCACCACAACCAACAUCUUCCUCAAUAAGAUAGACAUUUUUUUGAAGAAAAGAAUGAAUCUGCCAUCUGAUGUCAUAUGCAAGGGUCUCCAAAGUAAGGGCCAACUGGUUCCAUGCCAGUCUCUAUUUAGACAAACCCCUGCUUGCCAAUCCAUCUAUAGGUGCACCUUACCUGGCAGAGCAUGCUCCCAAUAGCACUAAACAGUUUGUCAGUUGGAUUUCCAGUUCAGUCAGCAAGGCAGGAACACACACUAUUUACAUUCCAUUUUCAGCUUCUAUCAUCUCUCUCCAGUGAUACUUUAAGAAUAUUUCAAAAUCACAGGGCUGUGUCAAUGUGCAGACAGACCCGUGCUCCUCUGAAUUAAAUGUCACAAUGGGUGUGUAUGAGCAUCUGAUUCUAGAAUCUGGGCAGCCAGGCCUCUGAGCCGGAGAAUGCUGAUGGUCCCAGCAUGCCUGUGUUGAUUGUAUUCAAAGAAACACUGCUCCUUCUGGGGGCAGUGGAGGCUGGGUCAUCUGUCAACUUGUACUUCCAGAUUGAUGUUUAAGGGCAGGCAAUGACAUUGUGGUGUUAUCUCUGGGCUGUUAAUCCAGACACACAGGUAAUGUUCUGGGUGACCCAGGUUCAAAUCCCACCAUGAUUGAAUUUGAAUUUCAUAAAAAUCUGAAAUUUAAGAGUCUAAUGAUGACCAUGAAACCAUUGUCUAUUGUUGGAAAAACUCAUCUGGUUCUCUAACGCCCUUUAGGGAAGGAAACUGCUAUCCUUACCUGGUCUGGCACUAGAUGUGACUCCAGACUCUCAAUAAUAUGUUUGACUCUUAACUGCCCACUAGGCAAUCAGGGGUGGGUAUAGUCAGGGCUAUAUUAGGGCUGGCCUAGUCAGUGAUGCCCUCAUCCCAUGAAUGAAUGAAAAAGAUCAGUGCCCAAAUUGUGUGGUCUCAGGCCUUCACAUUGUCAUUCUGACACUUGGUAAUGUCUGGAUGUGCAAAGUGCAAUUUCCAGAUGGAGGUCUAAUUUGUGAGUUGACCACAAUGGAAAUGUGAAAAACCCUCCUCAGAGAGUGCCCUUUCUCCUGUAAGUGAAGGUGUAACUCUUGUAAACGACUGUCCAUGUGGGUCCUGUUCGUUAUUGGGUUUGACAAGAGUAUAUCUGUACUCUGUGGCCACUUCCUGUGAAUGAUCCCAUUACCCUGAGGAUAUAGCAGAUUUCACCAGGAAGAGGCACUACGAUAAGGCUGGUUUAACUCAGUGGUAGCUGGUUUCUGCCACAAUUAUUACUUUCACUCAUUUAUAAAACUAGACAAAUCCUGAAAACCUGGACUGUGGAACAGGAUCAAAAGCCUUGGUUUGAUUAUCCAAUGUUUCUUUGUCACUAAUUGAGACUGAGCUAAGGCCAGGAAUAUUCCAGGAUGAUUCCCAAUCUUAGUGGCUGUACCCUGACACAUUUCAGGAAGUCCGCGUUUGGAACUGACAAAUAGGGGCAAACCAGCGAUGCUACACCCAGUCAGAUAGCCAGCUGACAAACAUCGGGGUUUAUGACCUGAAUAAAUGAAGAUCCAAAGCAAGUUAUUGGAUUUCCAACUGAGCAAGAGCCACUAUCUGCACAAAGUGCUGUAUGUGGGCAACCAGAUUUCAUAUGUUCACUGUACAUUUCAGCUUGUGUGGCUGUGACAUCACCAGAAAUGACUGGGACCUGGACAAUAGAGGGAAUUGACUUCAUUCAGAGCUGGAAUUGCUGAGUUAUUUAGAUAGAGACUUUUCUGCAAUAAUGUGCAAUUGCUGGCCAUUGCCUAUACUUUGUGACAGCAUUCACACCGUUUACAAAAAAAUUUGUGAAGCAAAAAAAGAAAAAAAAAUGUUAAUAUAUUUUGUACGAAUAUUUGUACCUGACACCGGCUGUAUUUUAGUGCCAUUGAACCUCAUGCCAAAGAUGACAAACUGCAUUAUUAUUGAGUAAGUUAUGUAAGUAUUUAAAUGUAAACUCAAGGGUUUGUGUUAAGGCACCAUAUCCUGGGAAGUGCUGCGCCAUUCUGUACGGUUGUGCAGUUGUUUGAAAUUAUUGAUGUGAACUUGCAGACAUGGGGAUUUUUGUAUUGAAAUGUCAGCAUACAUUUCAGUAAUAAAAUCAGAAAUUAACUAUCA